UUGUCAGUGUGGGACCAAGAUAGAAGUUAUCAAAUCUCGAAUCCCGUACACCACCGAUAUGCCUCCUUUUGUUGAUCAAAUAUUAACAACGCGAUUUAAUUAGUUCAAGAUACGGACAUGACUGGCUAAUGACUACUUAUAAUCAACCCGUUUAUUAUCCUUUUCAAACAGAUGGACCCAACACUAUGGUUACAAGUUUGAGCAAGAUGCGAUCAACCUUCGUCAGGGCAAUUAUGACGACAUUGAAAACAGCGAAAUCACCCAGACAAUGCUGACUGACAAAUAUGCCAUGUUAAUCAAAACUGACGUUUCUCUUGAUGAGUGCACGAGGUUGUGCUUUUUUGGAUCAGCUUGCGACAUGUUCGAAUUUGACUUUGACACAAGGGAAUGUGUUUUGACGCCACAUAAAGCUCUGAAGCCGCAUCCCUGGCACGAGAUUACAAGGAAAGUGGAUGGAGAUGUGGCUCUUUUUAUACUACAUUGUUCCACCUCGUCUGAAAAUGUCCUCGAUAACCAUAAUUGGAUCGAGGCUCAAAACAAUGACGGAUGGGAUAUUGACAACGGAUGCCGUAGUUGGAUGAUAGCCAAGAACGGUGGUCGCUACCGAACCCGAGAGCUCAUCGCCAAUGGAUUUUUUCACUGGCUUCGCGUUCUUUGUGACUCUGGGACGCAGUUCAAAUUGCAAGCCCAAAUGAGUGAAGACAGACUGCCUCUAGGGAUCGACAUGGAAUACUUGAGAACUACUGAAACAGGAGGAUUCUUCCGCACUUGGACCAGGAUCCUAUCUAGCAGUCACGAAAAUUACAAGCCACGGCCAGGGGUGGAAGGCAAAGUGAUGGUCAAAGCGGGCUCAUCAGAAGGAAAAGAGAUCAUAAAGGAAGAGACCUAUAACUUCGAGGACCAUUUUGAAUACUUUGAUGAAGCCCAUCUGAAAGUGGACAACGUCCAAUUCCAAGUCCAGACAACGGCCAUGGCUACAAAUCAGACUUUCGAACUCACACAGUUGGAGUUUGUUAUCGAUUUGCCUAUUCGAAUUGGUUGCUUCAAUGUAUCUUCUGGAACGUUGGAUUCCACUCCAUCCGUGACCUCUGAUCAAACACCAUCCAAGUGCUUAACAUCUUGCAUGAAGAAAAACCCAUUGGAUCCACCGAGGUUUGCUGGCUUAACCAACGGCGAAGAGUGCCAUUGCUUUGGUCGAAUGCCUUUGGAACAACUCACAUCCUUGCCCGAGGAAAAGUGUUCCAAAUCGUGCCUUGGGGAUUCCAACCAAUUCUGCGGCGGAGAUGCCACGUUCAGCUUUUUUGUGGCCACUUGUCCCAUGGGUCAAAAGCGCUUCGGCGAUCAUUGCUACCAACAACUGGACAUUGAGCAGAGUAUUGAAUCCAAUGCUGAUUCUUGCACAGAGAAAGGAAUGUACCUUUGGUGGCCAGACACUGAGGAAGAGGCCGUAUUUGUCCAAAAAGCAUUCCAGGGCGUGGACUUCCGUCAUGUUGGUUAUCAAUUUGCAUCUCAUGAACGAGGAAUGUUGCACGCCGACAAUUCUUUAGGGACAGGCAUAAUGCAUGUCACCAUGGAUUAUUCACAGACUGAGAGAUUUACAGCCGAUGAAUCUGCGUUUCUCAUGUCGUCGCAGAAAUGUGCAGCCAUCAAUAAAAGAAGCGUUAUCUACAUUAUGGAACCCUGUCAACCCACAGUCGGAUUGUGCAAGUCCAAACUAGGUGGUUUAUAUAUCCUUACUACUUAAUCAUAUGCAUAACCGAGGAAAUAUCUUUUCUUUUUGAUAGCGAUUGGAGGGGGCAACGAGUUUUUAGGUACUAAUGCUCAAGCUGAGUUCUAUUCGCCCCAUCUCAAAACAAAACCAUUGGAUCUCGUUGGCAACGGUCCAUACCAUCUCGGGCUUAUCUAUGAUCCUUACCAAGCCCAA